CAUUUUCAAAACGACACUCGCACGUAUCGCACGGCAUCGCGCUGCACGCAGCUCUAUUGAAAUAACAGACUUUCCAGAAACAAAGUUAUCAAAAUUUGGUAGUGAAAUUGCAAAGCGAAAUUACCAAUUAAAAUAAAACUCCAAAGUGUAUUACCCAAUUUACCACAAAUAAAAAUAUAAAACAUCGCGAGUCAUUUGAAGUAAACGCAAUGGACUAAAGGUCAACAUAUUUCUAGGCGAUAAAAACAAAGCUUCUAUAAGUUGUUCACACAGUAAUCCCAACACAAAGAAGCAUGAAACGGAAUUAAAACAAGAGUUUAACUUAGCACUCGCUUCAAAAUAUUCACAUCAAAUUUGGCAAAUACGAAGAAAAUGAAAUUAAAUCCCAUAGAUAAACACAAAUAUUAACAACCCUGAACACGCAGUGAAAACAAAAACUAAACAAAUAACAAUAAACAAACAAUAAAUAAUAAUGCACGUGUAUUACAAGUUUGGAUUACUCUUAAUAUUUUUGCUAAGCGUAAGCAUUAGCCACACAAAUGCCGCUCCAGCGGGCAGUGAGGAGGCAAAACGAUCGCCCAGUUCCGGCGAGGACUAUGAUUAUAGUGACGAUGAUUACAGCGAGAUAACGAAAGGCGAUGAAGCGCCGGAGACAGCAGAAAAUAGACUGAUGCCACAAUCAUCCUCCACAUCGACCACCACCACAUUUCGACCAAUAUUUAGUAUACCACGACGCAGCAACCAUGUCCUGGAGCCCAGCUGCCCGCGCAACUGUCUUUGCAUGGAGGACUUUAAAUACGUUCAGUGUGCGAAUGCCCAUCUAACCCAUGUGCCCCUGGACUUGCCCAAAACGGCGGCCAUCAUCGAUCUGAGCCACAAUGUAAUUGCCGAACUGAGGCCAGAGGAUUUCGCCAAUCUUUCCCGAGCGGUGGAAAUUAAUCUGAAUCACAACUUAAUCAGUCACAUAGAUAAGGAGGUCUUCCAAGGCUCGGAACGUUUGCAACGCCUGCGGUUGACCAACAACCGACUAACCAAAAUCGAUCCCAACACAUUUUCGGCCGCCAAAGAACUAACCCUACUCGAUUUGAGCAAUAAUUCCAUAACCCAACGCCUCGAUGGAUCCUUUUUGAACCUGCCCGAUUUGGUGGAGUUCAGUUGCAGCAAUUGCAGUUGGACGGAAUUGCCGGAGCAGACGUUCGAGAACAUGAGUGCCCUGCAAAUACUCCGCUUGAGCAAGAACGAUUUCAAACAGCAAAUCAAUACGAAAGCUUUUACGCCGCUAACAAAAAUAAUUAAACUAAAGCUGCCAGAGCUGGAGCAGAAGAAUAUCGAGGAGCUGUGUAAUCUGUUGCCCUCAAUUGACACCAUAAGUUUCCUCCACUUCGACAUCAGUUGCUAUGAAUUUGUGCUGGGCACCUCCUUCAACGAGAGUCUGAUUUUUCCCACGGAGACGCCGAUAAAGAAGAUUUCCGGUCUUCCCAUCGUGGCCACUACUACUCCAAAGCCAGCUACAACCACGCCUGCACCGCCCAGAACUGCCACUCGCAAUCGCGGAAAAAUGGACAACAGCACAGAGUUGGCUAAGGCGGCAAUCCUGAGUUCCGCGACCAACAGCAGUGGCGUUAGUGUGGAAUCACCUGGGGAGUCGAAGACCAACCAGGUGGAGAUCUCCCCGGAGACUAUCAACACGCUGCUCAUCUGCAUCAUGACUUUGGCCGUCAUUGGCAUCGUCAUCGGCCUCAUUUGCCGCAAGGACAUUGGCGGCAUCAAAACCAAAUGCUGCCGCACUAGCAAACCAGAGCCAAAGGAUCAGGUCCAUCCCACUGAGGAGAUACCAUUGAAUAAGCUAGCCUAAGAAAACUUCCCAAAAACAAACACCAAAACAAAGAAAGAAGAAAAGAGAAUCAUAUUCCUCCAGUUUUGCGAACAAAUUCCAUAUUGUCGGCAUUUUUGAUAGAUUAUAAAUAGGUAUAUCGUCGUGAAUAUGUAUAUGGCUAAUUAGUUUACUACUUUGACUCGGUUUUCAACUAUCGUGACACCUAAUUGUAGUUUCUAUUACAUUGUUUGCCCGCACAAAAGCUACCAGGAAAUGAGUUCCCGCAAUCCGAUGUUAGAUUAUAGUUUUUAGUCGGAGUAGGUUAAGCAGCCUAGUCGCCUAUCGUUCUUUUCUUUAAUGAGAACUCGGCUAAUGGGAUCCCACACAAGCCCCUGGCACUUAACUAGGUUUAGUUUCAAACGAAAUUUCCCUCGCCACAAUUAAAUUAAUAGAUACUUUAGUUCUUAGCCUUAGACUUUUGCCAAAAUACAAUAAAAGUAAUUAUUGUAAAUAGACGAAAA